UGGGUGAGAAAAGGGAGGCCACCGGCGGACCCGCAGUGCUGGGCAGGCCCGUUCAGCCGCCCCGGGAAACGGGGUCAGGCCGAGUCUAUCGGGAGCCAAGAGUGUGCUGAUGGCUGUGUCGCUUUCGCUACGAGCACUCCCUGGAGAUAUGGACCACUCAGCGCAUCCAUCCGGGCUCCUGGAAGCCUCUGAUGUUGGGUCUCAGAAGGAGAGAGUGGUGACAGAGGAGGAAUGGCUAGAAAAAUGGGAAAUGGGUAACAUCGGGUUUCACAAGGAAGAAGGGCAUCCGCUCCUCCAAAAGUAUCUGGAUGUUCUUUUAAAUGGCAGGAGUGGACUGAGGAUAUUUUUCCCACUUUGUGGUAAAGCAGUAGAGAUGAAAUGGCUGGCGGACAUGGGGCACAGCGUUGUUGGUGUGGAAAUCAGUGAGCAAGCAGUGAAGGACUUUUUUUCAGAGCACAGUCUGCCUUAUUGUGAGGAGCCAGUCCCUGAGAUUUCAGGAGCAAAAAUGUUCCAGAGUACCUCUGGCAACAUUUCCCUCUACUGCUGCAGUAUUUAUGACUUGUCCAGCUCAAUAAUUGGCAAGUUUGAUGGGGUUUGGGACAGAGGAGCUCUCGUAGCUGUGAAUCCAUGUGACAGACAACGGUGA